UGUCCAGGAGCAGAGCUAGACAGCGGCAAUACACAGUAGUACAGAACCGAACAGAACAGAACAGCACAGACGCAGGGCUCCAGCUAUAAGCGGCCCAGAGAGGACCAGGCAACACAGAGAGAGAGAUUGAGAGAGAGGUAUAUAAAGAUAGAGAACCCGCUGUCCACAGAGACCUCAAGAGGAACACCCCAGAGACUGAGGGAGAGAGAGGGGUGAUCAAAAAGACAGAAACACAGAGGGGAGGAGAGAGGAGAGGACACAGGAGAGAGGAGAGGACACAGGAGAGAGGAGAGGACACAGGAGAGAGGAGUGGACACGGCAUCUCCACGGACACAGAGAACUUUCUGCAGCGCACGAAUCUCUCUACGAUGGUCUGCAUUCUACGCCUUCCUGAGCCACUCAAUUAUUAAUCUGUCCCUUCUCAUCUGAUGUUGAAACAUAACUUUUCCUUUUAAAAGUCUGAGAGACCGACGUCUGGGUAUUUCUUACCUACCAACAUAUAUUUGUUCCUGAUACUGCUGGCUGUUUUUCUGUCUGUGCAACAGAACAGGCUUUGGGUCUUACCUGUGUGCUUGAGUGUGUGUGUAAGUUGGUGAGUGUGUGAGUGUGUGAGUCGGUGUGUGAGUCGGUGAAUGUUAGUGAGAAAGUGUGUAACUGAGAGUUUGAGUGUAUAAGUGAUUGAGUGAGUGUUAGUCUGAGUGAGUGAAGGAUUGAGUUUUGGAUUCAAUGUAAGACAGGUACUGUACCUCUAACUUAAAAGCGGCUUCCUCUUUCCUCACAGUUUUCCCCAUGAGGAUUCUCUAAAUGGGACUUUGAAAUCUCUACUCUAAGGGCCUCAUCAAGAAGAUAUUUGUUUUCACACUGGAUAAUUUUAAAGGGUCUUUUGCGUGUAAGGAGACAGUGAAGGAGACAUUUCUCCACCUUAGGCUCCUGUCAACUCUUUGAAGGAGGCAUUCCUGUCACAUAUAAUGAACCUUUGAGAGACACUUUGUUCUACUCUUCUCUACCCCAUCAGGAGUGGGUGAGGAGGACAGUGGCAGAUCAGCUCCAGUGAGGCUCCAGUGGCCACGUCGGCCCGUCUCUGUCAGGAUGGCUGGCUGUACCUGCCGCUGCAGACAGGGGGUGCUGAAGUUCAUUCAGUCUCUACGCAGACUUGUCUCUGGGACGCUUACCAAAGACAAGAUUGAUGAUGAGUUGGAGAUGACCAUGGUGUGUCACAGGCCAGAGGGUCUGGAGCAGUUGGAGGCCCAGACCAACUUCACCAAGAGAGAGCUACAGAUCCUCUACCGAGGCUUCAAGAAUGAGUGUCCGAGUGGAGUGGUGAAUGAAGAAACAUUUAAACACAUCUACGCCCAGUUCUUCCCCCACGGAGAUGCCAGCACUUACGCUCAUUACCUCUUCAAUGCGUUCGACACGACAAGCAAUGGAUCCAUCAAGUUUGAAGAGUUUGUAAUGGGACUGUCUACACUGCUGCGGGGCACUCUGAGAGACAAGCUGGAGUGGACCUUUCAUCUGUAUGACAUCAACAACGAUGGCUACAUUAACCGAGAGGAGAUGACUGAGAUUGUGAGGGCCAUUUACGACAUGAUGGGGAAAUAUACCUACCCUGCACUCAAGGGAGAUGUCCCGAAGCAGCAUGUGGAUGCUUUCUUCCAGAAAAUGGAUAAAAACAAAAAUGGAGUUGUGACUUUAGAGGAAUUCAUUGUCGCAUGCCAGGAGGAUGAAAUGAUGAUGAGAUCCAUGCAGCUCUUCGAAAAUGUGAUGUAAAAAGGGCGCCGGGCGGAAGGAAGGAGAGAGAGAGUGUUGAAAAAAAAUGGAGAGAGAACUCUGCGUGUGUGUGCUUCAGUCCGUGCGCUCCUGUGCGUACGUCCAAGCACGCGUUUUGUUUAUCUGUGUGUGUCUGUCAGAGUGGAUGAAUGUGUAUGUGUGUCUAUCUCUCUCAUCCUCUCAUCUAACUUGUCAGCGUCCAUGUGUUUGCCAAAUAAUGUCUCUGCCUGGCUCCAUGCUGUUCUAUUGGAUCAGAUGAAGCCAGAACCGCCCAAAUGACCAGCUGAGAGCAACAAGCUCUCACAGGCUCACUGCAGAAUUAGACGUUCAUCCACGUUCUCAAAACAUCAAAUUUCGAAGUGUUUUUGUUGCUCAUGCUGCUCUGUAUCGUUCCAUUUCUCCAAACAUCAAAUUUAGAAGUUAAGGGUUAAGUUUAGGCACUCAUUCUGAAUGGUUAAGGUAAGGGUUAAGGUUUGGGAUAGGGUUCAAAUUAAAAAUGUAAAACCUAUAUCCACGACUGUGAUCAAACACGCAACCUUCUGAUCCAGAGUCACGGGAUUUACCCAAGCCUACUUGAUGGUAAUAGCGCUCCCUGUUGCCCCUAGCGGCCAGUUUGAAGGCAUUUCCUAACGUCCUCAAGUCAAAUUUCCACGUCAAUCUUGAACGACCUGGCUGCUGAGAGACCCCUGGACUUGAUUGUCAUAUUGCUGAGCCUGGGAGCAUGCAGGUGAAUUAUCUGGAUAAUGCUUCCUGCCUUUUUAUGUGACAUGAAGGUUUGUAUAAAUCAGACGAUCAUACAACACAGACUGAAGUGUGAAACAGCUGAGAAAUCUCAAACCUAUACGCUGCUCCCCGCUUAAUAUGUGGAAACCCUACCUCCGGAAACUACACUGGGCUACUUUGGGUUCUUUUGACUUUGUUCUUUUUGCCAAAAUAGAUGCAUGCUUGACCCAGAGGGAUACCUCCCAUAGAAAUAGAAUCAUGAUUCUACUCUAUGCGCCCGACCAUCCAUGUGCUUGACCGGGACAUGGACCUUUAAUAACCUCUUGACCUCUGUAUUUAACUCAUGCGUCCAGUGAAUGAUUUAUGGACCAAUAUGAUCUACUUAUCUACUUGUUUAUUAACGUGUUUAUGCUGUAGAAUAUAAGGUUGUCCGAAUGUAUUAUUUGUUGGUUUUAAGUGUCAUAUGUCGUGUCCAUUUGACUAUUGUCGUGGUGACCUCCGUACCUCUGUGUUGGCUUUGCUGUCGCUCUCCCGUCUAUUCCUGUAGUUGUCUGUCUGUCCCUGACGAUGAUACAUAAUCUUGUAUGUUGGCUGGAUCUAACUAAUGGUGGGAAAUGACCAUCUGCGUAAUGCAAUGUGAAUGGUGUGACUUAUCUGUUGAAAUGUGCAUUUACAGUAUAUAUGUGUCUAAACCCAUUGAGGAAAACAGAAAUGUGAACUAAGUAUUAUUAUGGAGUGAAGGAAUGUGUCAGUAAAACAAAGGUAUGGAGAGACACUGAGACACAGUAGGUAGCUAUAAAAAUAUAUAAAAGAUUAUCACAGACCAAUGCCACCACUCUUCUAAUGUCGAACAAUUUUAAUUUUUCUUCAAGGAAUUACUCAUUUGUGUUGACUUUGUCGGUUCCUCCUCAGUGUGCAAGAUGGUAAAUAUAUUGAAUUAGUUUAGCUCCGGGUUUCAAAAGGGCAAAACAAUAUGAAUACAAAAUUUAAGCAACAGGUGCACCUCAUACAAAACUCUAUCUCAGACUGGGACCGAUGGAAAGAUUUAGAUUGGAGAGAGUUUCAGCUUUCAUGUUAUGUUGUACAGUGCAAAUGCUAUCAAUAAAAUGUUUUAGAGAAUA